CACACACACUCGGACGCCACCCCCCCCCACCUCCCGCUCCCUCUCAGUGCCGGCCCGGCCGGGGCUGCUCUCCGAACCCUCCCCAACCCCCCGCUCCGGAUUGUCUCCUGAUUGCCCCGGACCCUUCGCGGACCCUUCGCAGCUCCUACCCCCAUCCGCGGGGCUGUUUUCGAGAGCCGGCUAAAAUGGCUGAGAACUUGCUGGACGGACCGCCCAAUCCCAAACGAGCCAAACUCAACUCGCCUGGGUUCUCAGCCAGUGACAAUACAGAUUUUGGGUCACUGUUUGACUUAGAAAAUGAUCUUCCUGAUGAGCUGAUCCCCAAUGGUGGAGAAUUAAGCCUUUUAAACAGUGGGAACCUUGUUCCAGAUGCAGCUUCCAAACACAAACAACUCUCAGAGCUUCUGAGAGGAGGCAGUGGCUCUAGUCUAAACCCGGGAAUAGGAAAUGUGAACUCCAAUAGCCCUGUCCAGCAAGGAAUUGGUAGCCAGGCCCAAGGGCAGCCGAACAAUGCUAAUAUUGCUAAUCUAGGUGCCAUGGGCAAGAGCCCUCUGAAUCAGGGAGACUCUUCAGCAUCAAGCCUGCCAAAGCAGGCCACUAACACCUCUGGACCUACUCCCCCUGCUUCACAAGCACUGAACUCUCAAGCACAAAAACAAGUAGGGUUGGUGACUAGCAGCCCUGCUACAUCACAGACUGGACCUGGGAUCUGCAUGAAUGCUAAUUUUAAUCAGACGCACCAAGGCCUUCUUAAUAGUAACUCUGGCCAUAGUUUAAUGAAUCAGCCCCAGCAAGGCCAGGGGCAGGUAAUGAAUGGAUCUCUUGGUGCAGCUGGAAGAGGAAGAGGAGCUGGGAUGCAGUAUUCUGCUCCUGCCAUGCCAGGGAAUGCAGGUAGUGUGCUGGCAGAGACACUGACCCAGGUUUCACCACAAAUGGCCGGUCAUGCAGGAUUGAACACGGCACAGGCAGGAGCCAUGACAAAGAUGGGAAUGACUGGUAACACAAGUCCAUUUGGUCAACCAUUCAGUCAAACUGGAGGGCAACAAAUGGGAGCUGCUGGAGUGAACCCUCAAUUACCAAGCAAACCAGGCAUGGUGAACAGUUUGCCACCCUUUCCUGCUGACAUCAAAAAUACUCCAGUUACCAAUGUGCCAAAUAUGUCUCAGAUGCAAACACAGGUACAGCCAGUAGGAAUUGUACAAACACAAGCAAUGGCGACUGGACCUACUGCAGAUCCUGAGAAACGCAAACUGAUACAACAGCAGCUGGUGCUCCUGCUUCAUGCUCAUAAAUGUCAGCGACGAGAACAAGCAAAUGGAGAGGUUCGGGCCUGUUCUCUCCCACACUGUCGAACCAUGAAAAAUGUUUUAAAUCACAUGACACAUUGUCAGGCUGGGAAAGCUUGUCAAGUUGCCCAUUGUGCAUCUUCUCGACAAAUCAUCUCCCAUUGGAAGAAUUGCACGCGGCAUGACUGUCCUGUGUGCCUCCCUUUGAAAAAUGCCAGUGACAAGCGAAAUCAGCAACCCAUCCUGGGAUCUCCAGCAAGUGGAAUUCAGAAUACCAUCGGUUCUGUUGGUUCAGGCCAACAGAAUGCUUCUACUUUAAGUAACCCCAAUCCAAUAGAUCCCAGCUCCAUGCAACGGGCUUAUGCUGCUCUUGGACUACCCUAUGGCAACCAGCCACAGACACAGUUGCAGCCUCAAGUGUCUGGCCAGCAACCAGCACAACCUCAAACUCACCAGCAGAUGAGGACUCUGAAUGCAUUGGGUACUAAUCCAAUGACCAUUCCAGCUGGAGGGAUUGCAACAGACCAACAAACAAAUCUGAUUUCAGAAACUGCUCUUCCAACCUCUCUUGGAGCAACAAACCCAUUAAUGAGUGAUGGUACCAAUUCUGGUAAUAUUGGAAGCCUGAGCACCAUGCCUACGGCUGCACCUCCUUCUAGUACUGGAGUUAGGAAAGGCUGGCAUGAGCAUGUCACUCAGGACCUGCGUAACCAUUUAGUACACAAACUUGUCCAAGCCAUCUUUCCAACACCUGACCCAGCAGCCCUGAAGGAUCGUCGCAUGGAGAAUUUGGUGGCCUAUGCUAGGAAAGUGGAAGGGGACAUGUAUGAGUCUGCUAAUAGCAGGGAUGAAUACUAUCAUUUAUUAGCAGAGAAAAUCUACAAAAUACAGAAGGAAUUAGAAGAAAAACGAAGGUCUCGUUUACAUAAACAAGGGAUCUUGGUUAAUCAGCCAGCUUUACAGACCCCAGGGGCUCAACCCCCAGGUAUUGCACAGGUCACUGCUGGCAUGGGCCAGGCACAGUCUGUGAGACCUCCAAAUGGACCUAUGACCAUGCCAAGUGUGCCUAUGAACCGCAUGCAAGUUUCUCCAGGAAUGAAUCAGUUUAAUCCAUUGUCCAUAGGAAAUGUUCAGAUGUCACAGGCACCCAUGGGACCACGGGCUGCUUCCCCAAUGAAUCACCCUGUCCAAAUGAACAACAUGGGCUCUGUUCCAGCGAUGGCAAUGUCUCCUUCCCGAAUGCCUCAACCACAGAACAUGAUGGGAGCUCAUUCCAGUAACUUGAUGGGUCAGGCUCCUGCCCAGAGCCAGUUCUUGCCACAAAAUCAGUUUCCAUCAUCUGGUGGGGCUAUGAAUGUCAACAGUGUAGGAAUGGGUCAGUCAACAGCACAAGCAGGAGUAGCACAGCAGGGACAAGUGCCCAACACUCCUCUUCCUAACACCAUGAAUAUAUUGGGUCCACAGGGUGGUCAGUUACCUUGUCCACCAGUAACCCAGUCCCCUUUGCAUCAGACUCCGCCUCCAGUCUCUACAGCAGCUGGCAUGCCGCCUAUCCAACAUCAGACACCUCCUGGAAUGACUCCUCCUCAGCCUGCAGCCCCUACACAACCUUCAACGCCAGUUUCUUCUUCAGGACAGACACCCACCCCAACUCCGGGCUCAGUACCUAAUGCUACUCAAACACAAAGUACCCCCACAGUUCAGGCAGCAGCUCAGGUCCAAGUAACACCUCAGCCUCAGACACCUGUACAGCCUCAGUCUGUGCCCACCCCACAGCCAUCUCAGCAACAGCCAACAUCUGUGCAUGCUCAACCUCCUGGCACUCCACUUUCCCAAGCAGCCGCUAGCAUUGAAAAUAGAGUUCCCACUCCAGCUUCAGUGGCUAGUGCAGAAACCAAUUCCCAACAGCCUGGACCUGAUGCACCAAUGCUGGAAAUUAAAACAGAAAGCAAACCUGAAGAAACUGAGCCUGAUCCUAGUGAAACAAAGGGGGAAUCUAGAGCUGAGAUGGAAGAGGAUUUACAAGGGUCUUCCCAGGUAAAAGAAGAAACCGAUGUAACAGAACCUAAACAGGAACCAAUGGAGGUAGAAGAAAAGAAACCAGAAGUAAAAGUGGAACCUAAGGAAGAAGAGGAGAGUAGUAAUAAUGGCACAACUACCCAGUCCACAUCACCUUCUCAGCCUCGUAAAAAAAUCUUUAAACCUGAAGAGUUGCGACAGGCUCUCAUGCCUACAUUAGAAGCAUUGUAUCGACAAGAUCCGGAGUCCUUACCCUUUAGGCAGCCUGUGGAUCCUCAGCUCCUGGGAAUUCCAGAUUAUUUUGACAUUGUGAAGAACCCUAUGGAUCUUUCCACUAUUAAGAAAUUGGAUACAGGGCAAUACCAAGAGCCUUGGCAGUACGUGGAUGAUGUUUGGUUAAUGUUUAACAAUGCCUGGCUCUACAAUCGUAAGACUUCCAGAGUCUAUAAGUUUUGUACUAAACUUGCAGAGGUCUUCGAACAAGAAAUUGACCCUGUUAUGCAGUCCCUUGGAUACUGCUGUGGACGCAAGUAUGAGUUUUCUCCACAGACCUUGUGCUGCUAUGGUAAGCAGCUAUGUACAAUUCCGCGUGAUGCUGCCUACUACAGUUACCAGAAUAGGUAUCAUUUCUGUGAGAAGUGUUUCACAGAGAUCCAGGGGGAGAAUGUUACCCUGGGUGACGACCCUUCUCAGCCCCAGACGACUAUUUCAAAGGAUCAGUUUGAAAAGAAGAAAAAUGAUACACUAGAUCCUGAGCCCUUUGUUGAUUGUAAGGAAUGUGGCCGGAAGAUGCAUCAGAUUUGUGUUCUGCACUAUGAUAUUAUUUGGCCUUCAGGCUUUGUCUGUGACAAUUGCUUAAAGAAAACUGGUAGAACUCGCAAAGAAAACAAAUUCAGUGCUAAGAGACUGCAAACUACCCGAUUAGGAAACCAUCUAGAAGACAGAGUUAACAAAUUUUUGCGGCGUCAGAAUCAUCCUGAAGCUGGUGAAGUUUUUGUCAGAGUGGUAGCCAGUUCAGAUAAAACAGUGGAAGUCAAGCCUGGAAUGAAAUCGAGGUUUGUGGAUUCUGGUGAAAUGUCUGAAUCUUUUCCUUAUCGAACCAAAGCACUCUUUGCUUUUGAAGAAAUUGAUGGUGUGGAUGUAUGCUUCUUUGGAAUGCAUGUACAAGAAUAUGGCUCUGAUUGCCCCCCACCCAACACAAGGCGUGUGUACAUAUCGUAUCUGGAUAGUAUUCAUUUCUUCCGGCCCCGUUGCCUUCGGACAGCUGUUUAUCAUGAAAUCCUAAUUGGAUAUCUGGAAUAUGUGAAGAAAUUGGGGUAUGUCACAGGACAUAUAUGGGCCUGUCCCCCAAGUGAAGGAGAUGAUUACAUCUUUCAUUGCCACCCUCCUGAUCAAAAAAUCCCUAAACCUAAACGACUACAAGAAUGGUACAAAAAGAUGCUGGACAGCUUUGCUGAGCGCAUCAUUCAUGACUACAAGGACAUUUUCAAACAAGCAACAGAGGAUAGGCUUACAAGUGCCAAGGAGCUACCAUAUUUUGAAGGUGAUUUUUGGCCUAAUGUUUUGGAAGAAAGCAUUAAGGAACUUGAACAGGAAGAAGAAGAAAGAAAAAAAGAAGAGAGUACUGCAGCUAGUGAAACCACAGAGGGCAGCCAGGGUGACAGCAAAAAUGCCAAGAAAAAGAACAACAAGAAAACCAACAAGAAUAAAAGCAGCAUCAGCAGAGCAAACAAGAAGAAGCCCAGCAUGCCAAAUGUAUCCAAUGACUUGUCUCAGAAGCUCUAUGCCACCAUGGAGAAACACAAAGAGGUCUUCUUUGUGAUUCAUCUCCAUGCUGGGCCUGUAAUAAACACUCUGCAUCCCAUUGUGGACCCUGAUCCAUUACUCAGCUGUGAUCUGAUGGAUGGGCGUGAUGCCUUCCUUACCCUAGCCAGAGACAAGCAUUGGGAGUUCUCCUCAUUGCGUCGAUCCAAGUGGUCAACAUUGUGUAUGUUGGUGGAGCUACACACUCAAGGGCAAGAUCGUUUCGUCUACACUUGCAAUGAGUGUAAGCACCAUGUAGAAACCAGGUGGCAUUGUACAGUCUGUGAGGAUUAUGACCUUUGCAUUAACUGCUACAACACUAAGAGUCAUGAUCAUAAAAUGGUUAAAUGGGGCUUGGGCUUGGAUGAUGAGAGCAAUAGCCAAGGAGAACAGCAAUCGAAGAGCCCCCAGGAAUCGCGGCGUCUGAGCAUCCAGCGUUGCAUCCAGUCCUUGGUCCAUGCCUGCCAGUGUCGCAAUGCAAACUGCUCUUUGCCGUCUUGUCAGAAGAUGAAACGGGUUGUUCAGCAUACCAAGGGCUGCAAGCGCAAGACCAAUGGAGGCUGCCCAGUGUGCAAACAACUCAUUGCCCUUUGUUGCUACCAUGCCAAACACUGCCAAGAGAACAAAUGCCCUGUGCCAUUCUGUCUCAACAUCAAACACAAGCUCAGACAGCAGCAGAUUCAACAUCGGCUACAGCAGGCUCAACUCAUGCGUCGACGAAUGGCCACCAUGAACACCCGCAAUGUGCCUCAGCAAAGUUUGCCUUCUCCUACCUCAGCGACACCUGGUACCCCUACACAACAGCCAAGCACCCCCCAGACGCCUCAGCCUCCCCCCCAGCCUCAGCCUUCACCUGUAAGCAUGUCACCGGCUGGCUUCCCCACUGUGGCCAGAACACAACCCCCAGCUACAGUCUCCACUGGAAAGCCUCCCAACCAGGUAGCAGCACCACCUCCUCCUGCCCAGCCACCCCCAGCCGCUGUGGAAGCGGCUCGGCAGAUCGAGCGAGAAGCUCAGCAGCAGCAACAUCUGUACAGAGUCAACAGCAUCAACAAUGGCCUGCCUCCAGGGCGCGCAGGCAUGGUGAGUCAAGCUGUGGGGCCAGUGAAUCAGAUGCCUCAAGUUAACAUGAAUGUUCCCCGACCAAACCCGGUGACUGGGCCAGUCAUGUCUAACAUGCAGCCAGGCCAGUGGCAGCCAGCUCCGAUUCCCCAGCAGCAGCCGAUGGCAGGAAUACAGAGGCCUGUCAUGCCCAUGCCAGCACAGCAGACGGUUGCUGGGCCACGGAUGCCAGGAGUGCAGCCCCCACGGAGUAUCCCACCCAAUGCCUUGCAGGAUUUGUUACGGACACUGAAAUCCCCCAGCUCACCACAGCAACAGCAACAAGUGCUGAACAUCCUCAAAGCAAAUCCUCAACUAAUGGCAGCUUUCAUAAAGCAGCGAACAGCUAAAUAUGUGGCUAACCAGCCGGGAAUGCAGCCUCAAACCAGUAUCCAGCAACAAACUGGAAUGCAGCAGCCCAUCAUGCACACACAGCCUGCUUUACAAAACAUGAGUGCAAUGCAAGCAGGAGUUCAGAGGCCUAACGUCCCCCCUCAGCAGCAAGGAAUGGGAGGCAUGAAUCCCCAGGGACAGGCAAUAAACAUCAUGAACACAGGGCACAAUCCCAGCAUGGCAAGUAUGAAUCCACAGUACAGAGAAAUGAUCAGGAGGCAGUUGCUGCAGCAGCAGCAGCAGCAGCAGCAACAACAACAACAAGGAGGUGCUGGGAUGGCUGGUGCAAUGGCAGGGCACAGCCAGUUCCAGCAGCCUCAAGGACCUGGGGGUUAUCCCCAAGCCAUGCAGCAACAAAGGAUGCAACAACAUUUAUCCAUACAGGGAGGCUCCAUGGGCCAGAUGGCUCAAAUGGGACAACUGAGCCAAAUGGGCCAGCCUGGCCUGGGGGCGGAUGGCACCUCCAACAUUCAGCAAGCACUGCAGCAGCGGAUUCUGCAACAACAGCAAAUGAAACAGCAGAUAGGGUCCCCAGGCCAGCCUAAUCCUAUGAGCCCACAGCAGCAUAUGCUCUCAGGACAACCACAGGCAUCUCAUCUCCCUGGCCAACAGAUAGCCACCUCCCUCAGUAACCAGGUGCGGUCUCCAGCCCCUGUCCAGUCUCCGCGUCCCCAGUCCCAGCCACCACAUUCCAGCCCAUCACCGAGGAUACAACCCCAGCCUUCACCACAUCACGUCUCACCCCAGACUGGUUCCCCCCACCCAGGACUUGCAGUUACCAUGGCUAGCUCCAUGGAUCAGGGACAUUUGGGUAACCCCGAACAGAGUGCAAUGCUUCCGCAACUAAACACCCCGAACAGGAGUGCGUUGUCCAAUGAAUUAUCCCUGGUCGGUGAUACCACGGGAGACACACUAGAAAAAUUUGUGGAGGGUUUGUAGCAUUAUGGGAGCAUCACCUUUUUUUUUUUUUUCCUUUUCAUGUUCUUGGACAUUUUGUACUGAAAAUCCAGACAUCUAGGUUGUUUUUGACCCUAGAUGGAACUGCUACUUCCAAGCCAUGGAAGGACGAAUUGCUGUUUAAAGAAACAAUACAAAGAAUAUAUUUUUUGUUAAAAACCAGUUGAUUAAAUAUCUGGUCUCUUUUUGUUUUUGGGUUUUUCUUUUUUCUUUUCUUUUUUUUCUUUUGUUUGUUUUUU